AUGGCGGACUUUCGACAGGACCAGCUGGGCUUUCUUAGUGACAACGCUACAAGUUAUGUGGAGCUGCUGCAACAGCUGGACAAGGCAGCGGAUACCACGAUUAUGGAUGCUGAAGAAAAAUCGAGCACGAAGUUUAUCAUUAAGACGCAGCUUGUGACGUGUCACGAGGAGAGCCAAGAUGGGGCCCGGAAGCUGAGGUGA